AUGGAGAAUUCAUCCAAAGAAAACACUCAACUCUUCUCGAAAACCACAGUGCUGUCCAUCGACAGGUCUUCUUCAAGAUCAGAAUCUUCUGCUUCGAAGGAAAAAGGAACAUUCUGUGGUGGGAUGAAGAUUUUUCUUGGUGCAUUGUCAUUUGUUUACUUUGCAAAAGCAUUGUCAGGAAGUUAUCUGAAAAGUACCAUUACCCAAAUAGAAAGACGGUUUGAUAUCCCUUCUUCUCUCGUUGGUCUAAUAGAUGGGAGUUUUGAAAUUGGGAACCUUUUAAUAAUAAUUCUGGUAAGCUACUUUGGAGCCAAACUUCACAGGCCAAAGAUAAUCGGAGCUGGUUGUCUAAUCAUGUCAGUCGGAACGUUUCUGAUAGCGAUGCCGCAGUUCUUUAUGGGGCACUAUAGGUAUGAGAUAUUUUCUUCCUCCACCAAUUCAACUGUCAGCAUCUCCCCAUGUCUGCAGGAUCAAAACCAAAUACCCGUCUCGGUCUUGGAAAGAUCUCAGGCAAAACUCCAUGCAGGGUGUGAAAAGGAAGCUGGAAUUUCCAUGUGGAUCUAUGUUUUGCUGGGUAAUCUACUGCGUGGAAUAGGGGAAACGCCAAUUCAGCCCUUGGGAAUUGCAUACAUCGAUGAUUAUGCCACUGAAGAGAGUGCAGCCUUUUACAUUGGAUGUGUGCAGACAGUGGCCAUUAUAGGUCCCAUAUUUGGCUUUCUUUUGGGCUCUUUGUGUGCCAAUCUGUACGUAGAUAUUGGCUUCGUAGACAUGGACAGCAUAACCAUAACUCAUAAGGACGCCCAGUGGGUAGGAGCUUGGUGGCUUGGUUAUUUAAUAGCAGGAGUCAUCAGCAUCCUUGCCGCCAUCCCUUUCUGGUUCUUACCAAAGCAUCUUCCAAGGCCAGAGGCCCGAAAGGACUCCAGCACUUCCUCCGAGCAAUCCAAAUUCAUCAUGGAAGAUAACAGAGAACGUGGCGUCAACUACCAAGAGCAAGUCAGGUUUCUCGAGAUGGCUAAAGAUUUUCUGCCUUCACUGAAGAGCCUCUUUGCGAAUCCGGUUUACUUUUUAUAUCUCUGCUCCAGCAUCAUCCAGUUCAAUUCCCUGAUUGGCAUGGUGACAUACAAGCCAAAAUACAUUGAACAGCAGUUUGGGCAAUCAUCUUCGAAGACAAAUUUUGUCAUAGGUCUCAUCAAUAUUCCUGCCGUAGCCCUUGGGAUAUUCUCUGGUGGGUUGAUCAUGAAGAAAUUCAGGCUGAACGUUUUGGGAGCAGCCAGGCUUUCCUUGGUAUCGUCCUUCUUCGGUUACCUGCUGCUCCUUUCGUUGUUUGCGAUGGGUUGCAAGAAUGCGGAUGUGGCCGGCCUGACCAUUUCCUACCAAGGUGACAAACAGGUCUCCCACUAUGAACAAACUCUGUUUUCAGAGUGCAACUCAGGGUGCAUUUGCUCCAAGAAUGAAUGGGACCCCAUCUGUGGGGAAAAUGGAAUCACCUAUGUCUCGGCUUGUCUUGCUGGUUGUAAAACAUCAAAUGGAAGUGGGAAAAACAUGAUAUUUUAUAACUGCAGCUGUGUGGAAAUCUCAGAGCUUUCAUCACAACACUCCUCAGCUGUGGUGGGACCCUGUCAAAAAGGAAAUGAAUGUCCAAAAAUGUUUCUCUAUUUUCUAGUAGUGUCAGUGAUCACGUCUUAUACAUUGUCAAUUGGAGGUACUCCUGGAUACAUUUUACUUCUGAGAUGCAUUAAUCCACAACUCAAAUCUUUUGCCCUGGGCAUCUACACAUUAGCUGUAAGAGUUCUCGCAGGAAUCCCAGCGCCAGUAUACUUCGGAGUAUCAAUAGAUACAACUUGCCUCAAAUGGGGAAGCAAAAGGUGCGGAGGCCAAGGAGCUUGCAGGCUGUAUGAUUCGAAUGCCUUUCGGUAUAUCUAUCUGGGUUUGACGGUUGUUUUGGGCACCAUGUCCACAUUCCUUAGCGUUGCUGUCCUCCUUGUUCUAAAGAGAAGGUACAGUCCACACAGUGAAACCAUCACAACCAGUGGAGAGAAAGGAACAACUUCAGUUAAAAACAGGAAAAGUGACUUUGUCAAUAGUGACCACUUGAUUCAGGCAACCUAUUGGCCGGAGAAAGAAACUCGACUUUAGGAAAUCUUGACGUAUUCUAAGAAGAUGUUGUUCUCAGCAGGAUAUUCUGACCUAUGUUCCAUUAUAAGUUAAUGUUUUUGACUAAGUGUGUUGUGGGGUGGGGGUGGAAACUGUGACAUGUAAAUACCAAACUGCUUUCUAGAACUUGUAGUAGUGCGAAAAUGCAAUUUUGCAUUUAUGUUUAUAAAAAGUGCAGGAUAAAACUCCCCCUUAUCUGUAUGUAACAGUUAUCAGAGUUGGUGUAUAAAUGAACAUUUUCCCCCUUUAAUGUAGUAAAUGAUACCCACCAUUCCUUGAGAUAAUCUUUCAUGUAGAAUGAAAGUUGUGGCUGGUUCACAGUUGAGGCAGC